AUGGUAAUGGGUAAUGUUAGUGGUAGGAAAGAUGAAGCUGGACCCUCUGGAACCAAAGAUGAAGAAGAGGGUGAAGAGUACAUGGAGUAUGCACAUGGUGGGGCGCAAGGUAGCUAUCAUGGGCAGGCUCAGUUUUCAGAUUCUAUGGUUCAGUCCCCUUCUCAUAGCCCUCGGGCUUACCGGUCACCACUGAUGUUCACUCCACAGGUCCCUAUGAUUCCUCUGCAUAGACCUGAGGAGAUGAUGCAAAUCCAAAGGGAUGGAUGGAAUCAAAAGACGACAGAGCAUGAAAGUAUGCUCUCUGAGAAGGUAAUUCCCACAAUGAUCACCUGGAAUUAUGGUGGCAAGCAAGUAGCUGUUGAGGGAUCAUGGGAUAACUGGAAGACAAAAGAGUUCUUGCAGAGAUCGGGCAGAGAAUUCAUCAUUAUGAAAGUGCUCCCAUCAGGUGUUUACCAUUACCGGUUUAUUGUUGAUGGACAUUGGAGGUAUGCUCCAGACUUGCCUCAAGAGCAUGAUGAUACAGGGAAUAUUGUCAACAUUUUAGACUUGCAGGAUCAUGUUCCAGAUGCCCUUAACAACGUUUCUGAGUCUGAAUCUCCUCCUUCCCCUAUAUCGAGCUAUAACAGUGAACCUCUAGGUUUGGAAGAUUUUAAUGAAAAGUUUUUACCUGAAUUGCCUCCACUACUUCAACAGACACCGCUAGAUCAGCCCUCAUCCUCCAAGAACAGCACUGGAUCUUUGGAGAAGCCGUUGUCUGCAGUUUUGAACCAUCUAUACAUCCAGAAAGGGCGUAGUGGUCAGCCUAUGGUGACGCUAAGUUCAACACAACGAUUUCGCACAAAAUAUGUGACAGUAGUUCUUUACAAAUCCUUGGCAAAGGUUAAAAAGUGA